AUGCUUCCCUGGGCACGGAAUCCCAGUUCGCUUUCGUGGACAGCAGCUGGUCGGGUGUGGCAGCGGAGUGUCGGAGUAUACCCACCACCGCGGGGGCUUCGAUCGAGUGCACUGGAUACUGCGACUGGACUGGCUCAUUCAUCUCUCCGGCAGAUGCUCAGUCGCUCACAUCCUCGGCCUUCAGGUGUGCGGACAAUAUUGAUUUCGGCCAGCCCAUCGGGAGCAUCUGCUGAGAAGGUGGGAUAUGUGCACAGAGGAAUGAACCAAGCCCGUUCCUUCACGAAGAUAAACAACACCAAGGCCACCGACAGCCACAAAACGGAAGAGGUUCUUCAGCGAUUUGAGACCAAGGAUGGUGAGGAAGGCACUCAACCGCAGCGGCAAGUGUUGAAUGAAGAGGGCAAGAGGUCACAGUCCACGUUGAAACCCGACACAGAGCCUCACAGUAUGACCACGGGUAAGUGGCCUUGUUGUAUCUAG